AACUUACAGGUGGUGACUUGAAGCUCAAUCACAAACGGGCCACUGGAUUCGGCUCAAAUCCCAUCUUCCUCUCCAAUUCCACAAGUCAAGCCCUGAUGGCGCUUCAGCACUCUCUCUUCAAAUCAAUUCUCUCCCAAAUCAGCAGAACCAAUGCAAGAAUCACCUUCGCUCCCUCUUCAUCUUCGCAUUUGAUUCAUUAUGCUUGCCAAGGCCUUUAUGCCCACAGCUUCACCAACCACGCUGCCCUGCGAAUUGCCUCCUCGUCCAAUUACAGCAGCGCCGCUACUUCCAACGCCAAUGGUGGCGGCCGACAGUUCCUGGCAAUGACCGACGAAGAGCUGAUGAGGCAGUGCGAGAUGGACACCUUCAAGGCGUCCGGCCCCGGCGGCCAGCACCGCAACAAGCGCGAAUCCGCCGUCCGUCUCACGCACCUCCCUACUGGCAUCGUUGCUCAAGCUGUAGAGGAUAGGUCACAGCAUAAGAACCGUGGGGCAGCCCUAGCUCGUCUCCGAACCCUGUUGGCUCUUAAAGUCAGGAAUACAGUAGAUCUUGAUGCAUAUUCGCCUCCUCAAGAGCUCCGCCAAAUUCUUCCUGCAAAGUCAACCAUCAGAGGAUCGGAUUGUGGUCCACAGAUAGGGCCAAAUAAUCCAAAAUUUGUUUUGGGAAUGCAAGCUUUGUUAGAUCUAAUAAUUGCAGUUGAAGGUUCUAUAUCUGAUGCAGCAAGGAAGUUGGGUUUAAGCACGGGGGCGCUGUCUCGCUUGAUACUUUCAGAUGAUUCUCUCAGAAUGGCAGUCAAUGAGUUCAGGAUGUCUAAGGGUUUGAAGCCUCUCAAAUAGAAACUGUGGAUGGCGUUCCAUGUGACAGGAUUGCAUCCUUCUACAUUCCCGUGUCUGCUUUGCCAGGAAACACCGUGAAUAGGUGUAUUAAACAGGCAAAUGUCAGAUUCAUAAUAGUUUUAUGUUACGUGAGAAUGUCAAUAUAGGGAGUAUUGUAUUGUUGAUACAGGAGGGGUCUAUGGUGGGUGGUAGUUGACGCUCAGAUCUGUAAAGAAUGAGAUUAUGGGUCACCAAACGAGCACUUCAUUUCACACAUUGGAAGCCCUCCCUAUCGGUUACAUGAAUUACUACUACUUUUGAUAUUUCCCAUCUGACAUAACAUGCUUCAAAAUCACAUUUUCAUAUGUUGCAAGAUUAGAGAUAAAUGAUUGUCAUUCUACCUAGGGCGCAACCAUCUCAGAAUUACUGGGACGAGGAAUUAGAAAGAGUCAGCUCCAUUCCUUUUGCCCCAUCGUUGGUUUCCUUGUUAAUUGAUAAAUUUAUCCGAGACUUUUUUUAAUUCGGAAUGUAGUUAAAAAAAAAAAAAAUGCUCACUUACCAUAUGUUAUAUUAGAAUGCAAUCUCAUUAUAACUUUUUUUAACCUUAUUUGUUAUAUCAUAUACAGAAUGAAUUCAGUGGUGGCGGACCAACAUUAAUUAUUUAUAAAAGUAAAAAUUAAUUUUUAAAUUGAUAAUUUAAUAAAAUUUCAGUGGGGCAGUAACUGUACUUUUGACAGAAUUCUGUGUUUUUAAAAAUAAAAAUAAUU